GGGCCCGUCUUCUCCGAGGCGUUUGGGAGAACGGUGUCGCUCAUCUUAUGACGCAGAAACCAACCACGACUGUAAGGAACGGGAGACGGAAAGGGCUGAAGAACGCAGUCACUGGCCCUGUAUUUGGGAAUUGAACGGAUUCCAGGAAUGGAAACUGAAAGUGGAAAUCCAGAAAAGGUGAUGGAAGAGGAAAGCACUGACAAGAAAAAAGAAGUAGAAAAAAAGAAACGGUCUCGAGUUAAACAGGUGCUUGCAGAUAUUGCUAAGCAAGUGGACUUCUGGUUUGGAGAUGCAAAUCUUCACAAGGAUAGAUUUCUCCGAGAGCAUAUAGAAAAAUCUAGAGAUGGAUAUGUUGAUAUAUCACUUCUCGUGUCUUUUAACAAAAUGAAAAAAUUGACCACUGACGGAAAGCUAAUUGCCAGAGCACUGAAGAGCUCAGCUGUCGUAGAGCUGGAUUUAGAAGGCACGAGAAUCAGAAGAAAAAAGCCUCUGGGUGAAAGACCAAAGGAUGAGGAUGAGCGGACAGUGUACGUGGAAUUACUUCCCAAAAAUGUUAAUCACAGCUGGAUUGAAAGAGUAUUUGGGAAAUGUGGCAAUGUUGUUUAUAUAAGUAUACCACAUUAUAAAUCUACUGGAGAUCCAAAGGGAUUUGCCUUUGUAGAAUUUGAAACCAAAGAACAAGCAGCAAAAGCUAUUGAGUUUCUUAACAACCCGCCAGAAGAAGCACCUAGAAAGCCUGGUAUAUUUCCUAAGACAGUGAAAAAUAAGCCCAUUCCUGCCCUUGGAGUACCAGAAGAGAAGAAAAAGAAGAAGAAGAAGAAAGGCCGAAUGAAAAAGGACAAUAUCCAGAAAGAGUCUAGUGUAGACACAAGCAAGGAGAGCGUCUGCAAAAUGAAGAGAUCCAGGAUCACGUCCGAGGGCUCUGAAGUAGAGAUAACUGAACCCCAAAAGCCACCUUCAAAGAAAAAGAAAAAACGGGAAAAAGCUGAAGUAUCCAGCUUACCCUUAGUCAGAACAGGGAAGAGGAAGAGAAGUAGUUCUGGAGAUGCAGAAUACUUAACUCCCAGAUCUAAAGUGAAGAAAAUGGCUCAGAAAAACAUUAAAAAAGAAGCUUCAGAAAUCUCCAAAGAAAACAAAGAUUUAGAAGUCUCUACUGAGGAGGAAAAGGAUACGGGAGAUAUAAAAGAUGGAUCACUCUUAAAGGCAAAAAGGAAACAUAAGAAAAAACACAAGGAGAGGCAUAAAAUGGGAGAAGAGGUCAUACCACUAAGAGUACUAUCAAAGAGUGAAUGGAUAGAUUUGAAAAAAGAGUAUUUAGCACUGCAAAAAGCCAGCAUGGCUUCCUUAAAAAAAACAAUAUCCCAAAUAAAAUCAGAGUCGGAAAUGGAAACAGACCAUGGAGUACCUAAUAAGUCUGGAAUGAAAAAUGAGAAAGCAAACAGUGAAGAGUGUUGUCCCCAGGAGAAGGUUAAUGCAGCAGGACCACAGUUUGUGAGUGGUGUGAUUGUGAAGAUAAUCAGCACCGAGCCUCUACCUGGCAGAAAACAAGUCAGGGAUACUUUGGCAGCUAUCUCAGAAGUUGUUUAUGUUGAUUUGCUAGAAGGAGAUACAGAAUGCCAUGCUAGAUUUAAAACUCCUGAGGAUGCUCAAGCAGUAAUAAAUGCAUAUAUGGAAAUUAAAAAGAAACACUGCUGGAAACUCGAGAUCCUUUCUGGUGAUCAUGAACAGAGAUACUGGCAAAAGAUUCUGGUAGAUAGGCAGGCCAAACUUAAUCAGCCUCGUGAAAAGAAAAGAGGCACUGAGAAGGGUAACAUCAUAGAAGUGUUCAUGACAGGCAAGAAGAGGUGGAGUACAAAAGAGGUGGACCAUGGAUUCUUAAGUAAGGGCCUCCUAAAUAUUCUGAAAAGCUUUUUUUCCCCCCUCCUGUAAAGCUGAGGUGGUUUGUGCCAUGCAUGUCAGGAAACUACCUUGCUACCAUCACCAUGACUGACUAGACCAGAGCCAAAGGCAAGCAUGUAAGUCGGACCUGGAAGGGUGGCCAAGACUCUCCAGGGUGGCUGGGCAUCGAACCACACCGAGUCAGUGUGCUCCUGGGCCCAGAAUCAUCUUCUCUCUUGGGUGGUAGUACUCUCACAAGUAAGUUGAGCUCCUGCAGUGGUUCUCCCAGAGGACAUUUAACGCAGGCUUGACAGAAUGAAUGGCUGAUGAAUUGACAUCAUUAUCAUAUACUGAAGUACUCUGGGCAUAGCCCUCUCCCACCCCUCAAAGGGCCUAACCCUCCACAUUCGAAAUGAAAUAGGAGAAACUAGAAGGAAGGAAAGACCUUACUAGACAUUUAUAAGGCACUGUAAAUCUUAGUUAGCUGUGAAUAUGCCUGUCAUGCAUCUGAGCACCAGCUGAACUGUUGCUCUUUAUCCAUGCCAGCAUGAGUAUUCGUAUGUACUGUUUCUUCCCACUUGCAGGUUCAAUAUUUUAGUCAUCUGAUUAAAAACAUUGCCUUUCUAAGAAUAAGCUGUCUGUAAGCUUCUGAACACAUCAUGCUUUUCACUUGCAUGCCCCACUGAUCCUACCCAGGACUCUAGUCCUCAGGACUGCUCUCUGCUUCUGUGGACAUAUCUUGGUUUAGAUGGAUCUGAUAUUAGGCUCAGCUUUAAUAUAUCAAAUUCUCUUAGAUUACUUUUAAAGAAGAAAAGAUGACCUUAUUUAACGUCAAUGAAUAAAUAGAUUUACCAGUUUAUUAAUGGCCCAUAUUCUCUAUUAUAUAUUUAACCUCCCCAACCAGAAACUAACUAGCUUGGUUUUCCAGGUGACCUGGAAGUCAUCUCCCUAUAACCCUGUUUGAU